AUGUUGUCGGCCAGAGGAAUUCGAAAUGCUUGUCCGAGAUGCAAUACUUCUUCUUUAACAGUAUCUUCACGCUUUUACUCUUCUUCCACUCCUUUACUUCGUUUACGACGGAAUUCUCCCUUCCUCAAGGCACAGUCCAAUAGAAACGCAGCAAUUACACAGGCAUUUUCGACUUCGAGAUGUUUGCGACAAGAAUCUCAAUCGGAAACACCAGCGUCACCAGAGGAGAUUGAACAAAUUGUUCGAGAUGCCAAGCAAAGAUUUCGAGAUACUCUACCUAAAGGGUAUUUAAAUGACGAAGAAUAUGCCGUUUACGAACGACUGUACGGAGCGCCAUUGCGUGAGACGAGACCUGAAGAUGUUGGUAUUCCAGAGCAUGCCGAUAUGGGACCUGAAGCUCCCCGACCGGAUAACGAGGGUAUUCUUCUGCGACAGCUUGAGGGGGGCGAAUUCGAAGAAAUUACUUACGAGAUCCCACCCAAUGAAAACAUGGAAGAGAUGGACGAGACGAUACCCGAAGCUGGUUUGGAAGACCUGAAAAUGGAACAAUUAGCACAUCAGGCCCCGGGUUAUGUCGAUUUGGUCGCCAGGAGUCAACGAGAGUACGAUGCGCUGCAGAAGCUUGCAGAGGACUUCAAGAUCACACAAAAGCAGCAACAGGAGGCAGAGGAUGAGGCUGCCGCCGCCGAAGAACUUGCCAUGGAGGAACAAGAGAACGAACAACCAUACUGGCCAGAGGAGUACGAGCAUGGCGAACGACCAACUGGCGAGGCUGGCCGAUUUCACCCGUUGUCCAUCGAGGGUCGCUUCUAUGAUAGUCCUGUCGAAAUUUCUUUGCCACGGGAUGAAUUGAUUAUGCCAAUUCGUGACCUUUUGCAACGAACACAUCUCGAUCACGUCAAGAGUGCUGCGGAAAGUGCCUUCGGUGGUCCUGGUCUUCCUCUAUCCCCCGCGACACCCGAAGCCAAGAGGAACGGAAAUAUGCAUGGUGUUGGUCUUCCAGCAGACCAGCGACACAUGACUGAGAUUGAGGGCGAUGCCUUCCUUGCGGGGUUCUUGCCACCGGCCUACGCUUCUGUCAUGGCCACUCUACGAGAGGUCCGUAAGCGAGUUGGAACUGAGUGGCUCCAAUCCAAGCUUAAGGAUGGAAGUGGAAUUAGUGUCCUUGAUGCUGGAUCUGGUGGCGCAGGCUUGGUCGCAUGGGAUGAGAUUGUGCGAGCAGAAUGGGAUCUGCUCAAGGAGAAAGGCGAAGUUGAGGGCGACAAGAUCCCAGGCAAGCGAACAGUCGUUAUCGGCUCUGAUCGACUACGACACCGCACCAAAGCAUUCCUUGAAAACACAACUUUCCUUCCCAGACUUCCUGAUUACGAACAUUCAGGAGAGAUGAAGGGUGAGCGUCUUGAUGCCGGAGACAAGCCACAGGCUCGAAAGAGCUACGAUGUUAUUAUCGCCUCGCAUCUUUUCCUGAAAGAAGAACAGGACCACUACCGACAAGCCGUUCUCAACAACCUUUGGACCCUACUAAACAAGGACGGUGGCGUCUUGAUUGUGCUGGAGAAGGCUCACCCACGAGGAUUUGAAGCUGUGGCUCACGUUCGCGACACAGUCAUUAAGCAAUUCCUCCUUCCUCAGUCUGGAGAGCCUGAGCUUCUCCCUGAAGAUUUCAACCCUGCUUUCGAACGUGAAAAGGAACCUGGAUACAUUGUCGCUCCCUGUACCAACCAGGGCUUAUGCCCCAUGUAUCAGACACCUGGAAAGAGUGUCGGUCGCAAGGACUACUGCCAUUUCAGUCAGCGCUUCGUUCGUCCCAUGUUCUACACUCGAAUGCUUGGAAACAGCUCAAACAACCAGGGCGAGGUUGAGUUUAGCUACGUCGCAAUCAGACGCGGUAUUCCCAAGGAAAGGACCGUGACCGGAAAGGAGGCGACAAAGCAGGCUUUCGAGGGAUACGAGAACUCGGACGAGAAGCCCGACAUGCAGAGUCUUCCGCGAGCGAUCAUGCCUCCCCUGAAGCGAAAGGGCCAUGUCACGCUUGACCUUUGCACACCGGAGGGCAAGCUUGAGCGAUGGACGGUGCCUAAGAGUUUCAGCAAGCUGGCAUAUCACGAUGCUCGUAAGUCACGAUGGGGCGAUCUUUGGGCUUUAGGAGCCAAGACUCGAGUGCAGCGAACCGUCCGUGCUGGUAAGGGUCCCGACGAUGGUGGUAAGCGAGCUGGACAGGGCAAAAAGCCAAGAAAGGUCGAGAUUACCAUGGGUCCUGGCGGUAUCAGCGCCAGCGAGAAGAAUGCACCUCGCGAGCGUCGUGGCAGGAACAAGCUGGAUAAGAAGGGUCGUCUGCUCCAGGAGAUUAUGGAGGCGGAAGAAGAGGAGGAGAGGAUGAUUGCCAAGCAGAUGGAUGAGGAAGUUGAAGCUGAGUUGGCGGACGAGUCUGACAGAGGAGGCCGACCUUGA